CCAGGGAAGCGGCCUAGCAGAAGCUCGGCUUCCUUUGCCGCUUCCUGUUCCUCCUCCUCUUUCCGCCGCCGCUCCAGCUUGCUGCCUCUCCCGGGCGAAGCAGUCGCCCAGCGCGCAAAUAACAGAUGCGGGUGAAAGAUCCAGCCACAGUUAUCCCUGACAAAACCAAGAGACACAAAAAGUCAAAUCAGCAUCAGGAUGAAGACUCUUCAGAUGAUAUUGCAGGUCUGACAUGUCAGCAUGUAAGCCAGGCAGUGGAUGUGCAUCAUGUCAAGAGGGCAGUAGCUCAGAAUGUCUGGUCAAUAUGUUCGGAGUGCUUAAAAGAAAGACGAAUACGUGAUGGCGAGCCAGUUAUGCCUUCUGAUGUAUGGCUUUGCCUCAAAUGUGGUACUCAGGGCUGCAGUCAAAACUCAGAAGGCCAGCAUUCUUUAAAGCAUUUCCAAACUGCACGGGCAGAACCACAUUGCAUUGUAAUCAACCUCAGCACAUGGAUUGUAUGGUGUUAUGAAUGUAAUGAAGAACUGUCAACGCACUGUAACAAGAAGGCUUUGGCGCAGGUAGUUGACUUCCUCCAGAGACAUGUUAAUAGGAAUGACUCAAGUUCAACAUCAAAAAUUAUAUGGCUACAUGAAGAAAGGAAUGAAGCGAGUGACAUAUUAAAGGGGAAAGGCAUCAGUUCCAGUUGGGCAUCUAUUCCAGUUAAAGGCAUUAAUAAUUUAGGAAAUACAUGUUUCUUUAAUGCUGUCAUGCAGAAUUUGGCACAGACGCACAUGUUAAAUGAACUAAUGUAUGACAUGAAAGAAAAGGGGACAAAGCUAAAAAUUGGUCAGAGUCCAGCAUCUCAACUGGACCCUUUGGUAGUGAACCUUGCAAGCCCUGGGUCGCUGACUUCAGCUAUGUUCCUGUUCCUUCACAGCAUGAAAGAAACUGGGAAAGGACCUCUUUCUCCCAAAGUUCUUUUCAGCCAGCUCUGCCAAAAGGCUCCUCGGUUUAAGGGUUUUCAACAACAGGACAGCCAAGAAGUUCUCCACUAUUUGUUGGAUGCAAUGAGAAUAGAAGAAACAAAGCGCAUACAAGCAGCAAUUUUAAAAGCAUUCAACAAUCCAACCACCAAAACUGCUGAUGAGGAGACCAAAAGAAAAGUCAAAGCAUAUGGAAGAGAGGGUGUGAAGAUGAACUUUAUAGACAGGAUCUUUGUUGGUGAAUUGACUAGCACUAUCAUGUGUGAGGAGUGUGAAAAUAUUUCCACAGUAAAGGAACCUUUCAUUGAUCUUUCACUCCCUAUAAUAGAAGAGAGGAUCUCAAAACCUGCUCCUUUUGGAAGAACAAAUAAAAGUAAACACAUACAAGAAACUGAUGUUGAUCAAUACAGCGGUUCUUCUCUUACUGCUCUCAAUAAUCAACAAUCAAAACAGGCUAGGAAGCACUCAUUAACAAAGGACAAGAACCAAGUAAACCAUGAAAGAAGAUUUGCCAAGAAAUCCUCUCCUGGAGAAGAAGGAACAAGUCCUCUUAUUAUGCAUGAAAAAAUCAGAAAUGUUAAAGCUGAAGGCAGAGCUAGUGGUUCAUACGCAAGAAAUGGCAAUACAGCAAUGGACACUACAGCAAAUGGAAGUCAGACAGAAGGCAGUGAAAAAGAAGCCAGCCAUUCUGAAAGUAGCCUUGAUGCAGACAGUGAGGCCUCUGAAAGCGAAAGUACUUUGAAGCAAACAGCUUCAGUUAGAGCUGGUAGCACAUCUGCUUUGUGUACUGAUGGGCACAAACCUUUUUCUGCAAAUAAUAAAAUACAAUGCAACACAUCAAGCAAUGGCAAUACAGAGGCGCUUAUUAGUGCCGUGUCAAAUCUUGAGUUGGGCAGUCGAGUCUGUGAGAUGGAAAAGCCCCUUACUCGGGAUCCACUAUUUAAUCUGUCGAACAACGUCACCUUUUCAGCAGAGAAACCCCCAUUGCUGCAGAACCCUCAGAAUGCUUUUCAGACUCUUUCGCAGAGUUAUGUAACUAGUUCUAAAGAAUGUUCAGUUCAGUCGUGCCUCUACCAGUUUACAUCAGUGGAACUGUUAAUGGGAAACAACAAGCUUUUGUGUGAAAACUGUACAGAAUGGAAGCAGAAACACCAGAAGAAAGCAAAUUCCGCAGAAAAGAAAGUAGAAGGUGCAUAUACAAAUGCCAGGAAGCAGCUGCUAAUUUCUUCUGUUCCAGCUGUUCUUAUUCUCCAUCUGAAAAGAUUCCAUCAGGCUGGGGUGAGUCUAAGGAAAGUUAACCGGCAUGUGGAUUUCCCACUAGUUUUGGACUUGACUCCAUUUUGUUCUGUUUCCUGCAAGAAUGUGACAGAUAGUGGGAAGGUUUUUUAUGCUCUUUAUGGAAUAGUAGAACAUAGUGGGUCGAUGCGCGGAGGUCAUUAUGCAGCAUAUGUGAAAAUUAGAGCACCAUCUAAAAAGCUGUUGGAGCACAUUUCUAGCAAUAAAAAUGUUCAAGGUUUAAAAGAAGCUGUAGGACCAUCUGUAGGACAGUGGGUAUAUGUCAGUGAUACCCACGUACAAAUGGUUCCAGAAUCGAGAGUAUUAAAUUCACAAGCUUACUUGCUUUUCUAUGAAAGAAUGCUAUAGCUAUAAGAAGUGCUGAAAGCGUGAUAAUGAUCACUAUUAUUUUGGCUUAUUUAAAUGCAUCAGAAAAUCAUAGCAUAUCUAGUGUUGUGUCAUUAUCUCUGUUUUGAUAAACGUCAACAUGAUUUCUUACUGAAAACCCAUGGUUUGGAUACAGAAACACAAAGCACUUUCAUUCUCACACAGAUACAGUGGCCAUCUUUGUUUCUGGCAGCCGCAUAUCUUACCGGAUAUCUGUGGUUGCAGUCAUAAAGAAGGAACUGAACUUCAUGUUUCUCUGCAACAAAGCCCAUAUCUUUAUAAUUUAAAUCCUUAAAAAUAUGAAACCAAAUACUGACUUUCCAGUGUGGAUCAGUAAGAUCAACAUGCAUUUUAAAAACAUUGAUUGGAUGAAUUAUCUUGGUCAGACUGAGUAGCCCCUGAAUUUUCCUUAAUGCAAAAGUCACUGGUGCAUAACCAUGGUUGAGUAGCAUAUUUGACACUUGAAUUUUCUUGAAAUGACUGCUGUAUGUUAAGUUACCAACUGAAGAAAUUGGGAGAAGGUAUUGAUAAAAUAGUAAUUAUGUUAAGAAAUACUCUAAAAUAUGGGUCCUCAAACUAUGGCCCACGGGCCGGAUCCAGCCCGCCAUGCUAAUUUAU